AGUUCAGUUUGAAAGACCUUGUGUAAGUUAUAACAAUUUUUUUAUAUCAUAUAUCAUUAGGAUUAAUAUUUUAACAUAUGAUUUUUAACAGUGGCCGUAGGAUUACUUGCUGUUUGUGGGGAAAAUUUGCUGAAAACAUUAAAGCUAAUUGUGACUCAGCUGGUGAAGAUUCGAUUAUAUGCCUCCUACGUUUUGUGAAAAUUGGCACCUACAGAAAUGAUGUUCAAAUUUCAAACUCAUAUGAUGCUUCUCAAGUCUUUUUCAACCCACCAAUAAAGGAGACUGAGGCGUUUUUGAAAAGGGAUGUUGCAUCCAAUGCCUUGACAUUGGUUGAAUCUGAAGAAGACAGACUGGAGAGGGAGAUUAGACGCGAUCCUUGGAUGCAAUACCCAACUAAGGACAUUGCAGAGCUACUGGAAUCAACUCAGAUUGAGCAAUGCAGAGUCAUUGCCACAAUCUAUGAUAUUGACAAGGACUGGGGAUGGUACUAUUUUGGGUGCCAAGCUGACCAGAGAAAGGUCACCAAGAUUUCUAGAACUGUUAAAAUCGUGAAUGGUAAUGAGAUUAUAACUCAUCUUUGGUGGUGUGAAAAGUGUGAAGCUAAAGUCACAGAUGUCUUACCUAAGUUCAGGAUUCAUGUAAGGGUUAAAGAUGGCUCUGGAGAAGCUUACCUAAUGCUACUUGACUGGAUUGCUAGCGCCAUUGUUCCUGAAUCUGCUGCCGACUUGCUCAGCGGUUCCCUUGAUGAGCUAAAAGAUGUUGACUCUUUUCCUGAGGCUGUUACUUCUUUGAUUGGAAAGACUUUCAUGUUUGGAGUUUACAUUGAGAGUAACAAUGUUAGUAGCAAGGGUGGGAUGUACAAAGUUGGUAAAGUGUGGAAAAAUCCGAGUUUGCUACUUACUGGUGGUAGUACCAGUCAAUCAUUUACUCAGACUGAUGUUGGAACAUCCUAUUUAACUGGUUCACAGGACUCGAUUUACCAGUUGGAAAGUCAACCAAACGAAGACAACAUGGUAACUCCUGUAUCUAAACGCAAAGAAAAAUCCACUGAAGGUGAAGAUGAUCGUGACAUAAAUUCUACAACAAAGAAGCACUGCACUAGAGUUUUUGUGAAGAAAGAAAAGACUACCAAAGAAGAGUCAAGCACAAAAAAAAGUGGCUAAUGGAGUCUUCAAUAUUGCUUUGUGUUUUCUUUUGCUUUGUUUCUGUUAACUUUAUUUUCAAACAAGUGUUUCUCUUUGCACAAU